AUGGUGACUAAUGCGGAGUCUCUGGAACCUGUCAAUCUGGAAGACGACGUCUUCAAUCCGAGAGAGUGUACAGCCAAAGAAAUCGAUCAAUGUGCCAUUCAGCUCUACUCAAAGAAGUGUGAGCAGUAUCAUGAGGAUCCGAAGGCUUUUGCAGCAUUCCUUCUCAACAUCCACGGAGAGUUGUCUGUAGUCUCAUUUGCUUCCAGUUCCAACGAGAACACCGACAGAAAGAAAUUGACGAAACCGAAAAACAAAGAUCAACUGAUGCAUGUGAAUCCACUGAUUCUCGCUCGUCGUGGAUUGCUGAGAUACUUCAUCAGUGAGAUCAAGAAGUUGGAGGCAGGAUCAUCAGACGUAAUGGAAAGGAACGAUGAGGGAGAGAUUCAGAUGAAAGCCACGUGUCAGUUGUACAUGUACUCAACGUUCUCCUACGUUUGUGAGUACGUCUACUGGGGAACUGAAGCUAUGAAGGAGCACGACACCAACCACUGCCUCAUGAACAAAAUUCGCCGCUGGGUGGCACUGGGGGUCCAGGGAGCGCUUCUCUCGAACAUUCUGAAUCCAGUCUACAUUACGAAGUUCGUGAUUGGAUCCCAACCACCACUUCAGAUCUAUGAUAUUUGGGCCGUUUUGUUUUCCAAGCUGGAGUUCCAGGAUCGAGAAUGUCCACCCAUGGAAAUGAUUCCAAACCCCGAAAAUUCAAUCAUAAAGACAUCAGGAUAUUCGGAGCUAGAGAAAUCCGCACAUCCAAGUCUGUUGGUAUCUGGAGAUAAAAAGACGAUGCGCAAAAUGAGAAAGCACAUCCGCAAAAACUUUGCAGUCUGUAUAGACGAGCCGCAAUUGUUAGCUAUUUUGAGAGCCUCUCCACCGCUCACCCAAGAGCACACAUUCUUCUGGGUUGCUCAUCUCAAUCGAAUGGAUUUCAUUGGCAAGAAUGGGAAAUUGGAAUCCGAGACAACGGCCGCUUCGAUCUGUAAACAGGAAAUUUUCAAAGCCUACCUCCAAUUGGACGCUGCCAACAAGAAGAUUCUCAAGUACUCGAGAGCCAAGAAGGCAGCCGGACACUAUCAGGCAUUGAAGAAGAUGCUCUACAAGCAGUGGGAGCUCGAGAAGAACGGAAAAUGGCUCAACAGAAGCAGCAACAAGGUGGACAAGUUUUGGAUCGAGUUGAAGAAAAACUAA